CUCUUUGUUCUGUUGUGUAGGAAAAGCCAAUUACAAAAUCCCUGCAGAGGGGAGAGGAUCCGCAGUUUGACCAGUUGAUCAGCACCAUGAGCUCACUGGCCGAAUACUGCCUCCCCUCCAUCCUGCGGACUCUGUUCGACUGGUACCGGAGGCAGAACGGACUGGAGGACGAGUCCCACGAGUAUCGACCCAGAGCCAACACCAAGUCCAAAAAUGAUGAGCAGCAGAAGGAUUACUUGCUUGAGAGGCGGGAUCUGGCCAUCGAUUUUAUUUUCUCUCUAGUGCUAAUCGAAGUCUUAAAACAGAUUCCACUCCAUCCACUCCUGGACAACCUUAUCCAGGAAGUCAUCAAUGUGGCAUUUAAGCACUUUAAAUACAAAGAGGGGUACCUCGGGCCCAACACUGGCAGCAUGCACAUUGUAGCGGACUUAUAUGCAGAAGUGGUGGGAGUCGUGGCCCAGUCCAG